AUGGUGGGAAGAAAGAGGCAGACAGAGGGUGUGAGAGGAAAAUGGGAAGAGAGAGAGAUUAAAGAGACAGAUCAGCAGUCAGAGAAUGUGAGAGGAUGGCAGAAAAAGAGAGACACAGAGAAAAGAGACAGACAGGCAGACAGUGGAUGUGAGAGGAUGGUGGGAAAAGAGACACAGAGGAAAGAGACAGAUCAGCAGGCAGAGGAUGUGAGAGGACAGAGAAAAGAGACAGACAGGGGAUGUGAAAGGAUAGUGAAAGAGACAGAAAAGGAAAGAGACAGACAGGCAGAGGAUGUGAGAGGAUGGUGGAAAGAGACAGAGGAAGAGACAGACAGGCAGACAGUGGAUGUGAGAGGAUUGUCGGAAGUCAGACACAGAAGAAAGAGACAGGCAGAAUGA